AUGCGCAUGGCGGACGCGGGAAUGGUCGCAGGAGCCGAAACUCUGGAGGUCGUGAUCGGGCUCAGGAUACCGGCCGCAACCGUCAAGGACGUCGCAGAUACUGCAGUGCACAACACGCAAGACUCCACCACGCAGGCUUGGUACACGCGGGUGGAGGCGGCGAACGAUGAGCUUGAAGAUCUCGCCAUCGUCUUCAAUAACGACAAGCAGGAGCUGAACGCCCCUGCUGUGGCGUUGCCGAGGGACCGCGCUGCUGCUGGUGACCAGGAGCAAGACGCGGCUGCACCGGCGCUGCCGGACGGAGUCGUAAUAUAUGAUCCGCAAGUAUGGGAGUGCACAGCUGGAGAUGAGCAGACGCACGAUGUGCCCGGGUCGACGCUGCCGAAUGUGCGCGCCACUGACGACCUGCAGGAAUUCGCGGAGCCUGCGGCAGCGACGGACCUCGAUCUCACUACCCCUCCUGACUCUCCGGCCGAGAAAGUGACAGAGCUGGUAAGGUACACUAGCGUGUUUCAAGUGGACAAGGAGUCGAAGGAUGUUGGUGAUACGACGCUCUACAUAGAUACAGCGGCGUCGAGCCAUAUGGUAGACGCUGAAUCCCGCAUGUCCAAGCGUGUGUUCGACCCAGUGGACUGCGCCGUGCGUAUCNCGUCGAAGGAUGUUGGUAAUACGACGCUCUACAUAGAUACAGCGGCGUCGAGCCAUAUGGUAGACGCUGAAUCCCGCAUGUCCAAGCGUGUGUUCGACCCAGUGGACUGCGCCGUGCGUAUCAUCGGGUCGUGCGGAACAUCUAGCGCUACCAAGAAAGGCAACCUGAAGUUUGGAAUUCGUAGUGAGCAAGGCAACAUUGUGACGGUGGCACUGGACGCCCUCCUGGUUCGUAAACUAGGAGCGAAUAUUCUGUCGGUUGGAGCGUUGGCCGAAAAGGGGGUUAAGUGCGAUUUAAUGUCUAUCCCUCCGGCGCUCCGACGCGGCGACCAGGCCUUUCCGAUAUCAAUCGCUGUGCCUCGCAUGUACGUGAUAAACGUCAUCAUUGACGAUCUCAACAUGGACGAUGUAGAAGUGUAUCGCACCAAGGUCGACGCUCACCUGUGGCACCGGAGGAUGGGCCACUGCAAUCCGCGUGCACUGCAGCAGCUGGAGGAAAUGGAUACCACUGGAGUAAAGUUCCAUCACAACAUCGAGUCAGAGAUUAUGUGCGCCGACGUGUGGGGGAAGCACCCCAUCAAGUCGUUUGGGGGCUGCCAGAGUACCGUGAUGUUCACUGACGUGUUUUCUCGCAUGAGGUUCGGCUUCCCAAUCACGACAAAAGAUGAAACGGCAAAGUCUCUCCACAAUUUUGUCCAGGAGGUAGCCGACCCGAUCGGGCAAAGCAUCGGCACGAUGCACUGCGAUGGUGCGGGAGAAUUCCAGGGCAGAUUCCUGGAGCUGUGCAAGUCCCUCGGAAUUACGGUCAAAACUAGCGCUCCAUACACUCCACAGCAGAACUCCAUCGCAGAACGUGGAUUUGGCACCAUCAUCGGAACUACUCGCAAACUAAUGCUGGGCGCACCGCACCUUCCCAGCGAGCUGUGGGCUGAAGCAUUCCAGACCGCCAUCUAUCUCAAGAAUCGCUCACCAACUGAAGUCCUGGGCGGCAAAUCCCCACUCGAGGUAUGGGAGGGUAAGCCGCGAGGUAAUCUGCUGCACAUUCACGAAUGGGGUUCGAUGGCCUUCAAACACGAGGAAGCACGUUUCCGUCCCAACAAGGUUGCGGCCAGGGCCAAGAAGAUGUAUCUGGUAGGCUAUAAUACCAAGGGUAGGUCGUACAGACUGUGGGAUCCUGCGGAGCCUUCUAAAAUCACCAACUCUGCCGAAGUAUCCUUCCGUGAAAAGGAGAUGCGCGACGUGGUUAAACCCAAAGUAGGGCGCGAUCCGUUUCCUGUGCCAAACACGACAACCUACCAGCCGGGUAUGGCAGAAUCUAACGAAGAAGAAACUAACGACGAUAGCGAUGAAGAAGAAGACCAAAGUACUGCAGAGUCGACACCAUCUGUUCCAGAACCACGACGGAGCGCCAGGGCAUCUGCACCGCCGCAAAGGUUGAAUCUAUUUACGGUGACCUCGGAGGAGGAUGCUUAUCAGCAGGUGGAACAAGCUCUUCUGACAGGGGGUGUACUCGGAAACGUCGGGACGGGCAACCCUGGAGAAAUAGGUUACAGGCCUCCCGACCCGACCAACUACGACGACGCAACACGUGGACCAGAUGCUGACCACUGGAGGGAGAGUAUGCGCGAAGAAAAUCGUUCGCUCACGGAACUCGACGUAUACGAUUGGGUGAAACGGCCGGCGGACGGUGAUAUACUUCUGUCAAGAUACCUAUACAAACGGAAGUACGCAGCAGACGGAGAACUAGCUCGACUGAAGAAUCGUAUCGUGGUCCAAGGCUUCCAUCAAGAAGACACGGGGGAAGACAAGGCAUCAUCAGUGGCGACAUUGGAGGCGGUACAUCUAGUAGUCGCCGUCGCUGCUC